GCUGGGAGAUGCAGUCCUGCCGGGGCGGCGGCCGGCCGGCCCUGAGAGGAGGGGACGACCGAGACCGGGACGGAGCUGUGACACCGCAGCUCCCGCGGAGGUUCGCGGCGCGGGAUGAGCUCUGCCGCGGCCAAGACGAUACUUUACAGCUAUUUCCGAAGUUCCUGCUCUUGGAGAGUGAGAAUCGCAUUGGCUCUCAAAGGGAUUUCCUAUGACGUGGUGCCAGUGAACCUCCUGAAGGAUGGCGGGCAGCAGUUUUCUGCUGAAUUCAAGGCAAUGAAUCCAAUGCAGCAAGUCCCAGCCUUGAAAAUUGAUGGCAUCACCCUUUCUCAGUCGCUAGCCAUAAUUCAUUACCUAGAAGACACCCGUCCUAACCCCAGGCUCCUGCCCCAAGAUCCAAAGAAGAGAGCCCAAGUCAGAAUGAUCGCUGAUCUCAUUGUCUCUGGCAUUCAGCCACUCCAGAACCUGAGUGUCCUGAAACAAAUGGGGGAGAAAAAAACAGAAUGGGCUCAGAACUGCAUCUCAUCUGGCUUUCAAGUGAGUUUCCAAUGCCUGACUCCAGCGUACUACCUCUCUUGGCAGCACUGGAGCAGACUCUGCAGCACACUGCUGGACGCUACUGCGUGGGGGAUGAAGUUUCCAUGGCUGAUCUCUGCUUGGUGCCUCAAGUUUUCAAUGCUGAAAGAUUCAAAGUGGAUAUGGGUCCAUAUCCCACGAUAACCAGAAUAAACAAAGCUCUUCUGGAGUUAGAAGCAUUCAAACUAAGCCACCCAUCCCGGCAGCCAGAUACUCCUGCAGAGCUGCGAGCUUGAAGCCCUUCUACUCAUUAAAUCAAGUAAGUUGGAGUGUCAAAGAGGACAACAGCUGCAUCUUGAGCAGGACUUCAGUGCCAGCAGGAAGCCCUGGUACUAUUGUCUCAUUUUCAAUUGGAUGGAAAGAAGGACGGAGGACCUGGAAGUAGCCUGGAUGACUUACAGGAGCUAUACCUGUGCUAGAAAGCUUGCAGCUACUUCUGGCUAUGUUGGGUUUUCUUCCUAUCCGAUGUAUCUCCAUGAAGCAGAUUAAAGCAGAAGCAUCCAUAAGUA